UAUCUGUUGUCUCCCCAGCUGUACUGGGACAUGCUAAUGGCCACGUGCUCCUCGAUGGCUUGGAGUCACAAGAAUCGGAAUAUAGUAUUGAACCUCAAGCAAUUCCUUCCAGUAUCACUUGGAGGAGAGAGAUCCCUCAAGUAAUUUUGUCUGAGCAUUCUGAUGUGGUUGAAAACAUCCGCAAGUCUGAUGAGAAUCAAGUUGUGGUGCUGCUCUCUCCGCAUGUCUUUCUCACCAUGGUGUGGUUGUACAAGCAGAAAUUGAAAGGGAAUUCAGGCCAAAAUAUAGGUGACAGCUCCGAAAGCUUUAGGAUGACAAUUCUGGAGAAGCCGCUUGAGAAGAGAGCCACACUUGUUGUCAUUGGGCUGGAUGCUUACACAAGCCCAGAAGAGCAGUGCAGUCCUGUGAAAAUGCAGCAGAAUGCUGACAGUGGCCGGGAGGAUGACUCGGAGUCCUGGGUCAGCAUGGAGCUUGGCUUGACGUGCGCAGAUGUGAAUGAGGUGCAGGUAGCUCUACAGCUACAAACAUACACAACGGUUCGGUUCUUAGAGGACUGGCACAAGUUUGCCGGUUAUAUUGCAACACUCACAAAGGCAAUAGCUCAAGCCCCUUUCAAGAAACACACUGAGAACGUGACCUUUUCUUUCUGUCCCGAUGGCACCUGGUCCAGUGGUGUGAAGGUGGACAAGGAUGGAAAAGGCCUUUUGAAGCUGUGGAAGAAACAGCUGCAGCAACUCAACAGGAUUACGAGGCCGGUAGCAGUAGCUAUAGCAGACGCGUACCCCACUCCAAAAUUGCUUUUACAGGCUUAUAGGGAUUGUCUCACAGAGUGGGAGAAACAGAAUCUUCUAGCUGAAAUUAAAGUGAACGCUGGAGGGAAACGAGUCGACCGAAGGAUUGGACCAGAUAUAUCCCGCAGAAGCCAAAGCACUUGAUGGCCUUUAUGACAACCAAAGCAGCUACAAACAUCUAAGAUCAGUAAGUCAAACCAUGAACAAGUUGCCAUUGUGUUACGGACAGUCUUAAGAACUGUUUGGUGCUGAGUCUGAAUUGCUGAGUUAUAAUCAUGGACUGGAUUAAUGCUGAUGUAUAGAUAAGGUCUGGUUGGAGUUUAAUUCCAUGAUACACUGUUUUAAAAUUAUUCAUAUACCAGCAAUAUUUAUAUUUCCUUCAAUGCUGCAUUAGUGCAGUUUACUGUAAUUUGUACACUUAACUGUUUUUAAACAUUUUAGUAUCAAAUUGGCAUACUAAAUUAUACUUCACAAUGUAUUUAAGGUAAAAUAAUCAAUGUUUGAUACAUUUCUUAAUUUUUGCAAAGUGGCAAACUGAGAAAAGGUCAUAAUAGUGCAAGAAACUGCACAAAUUAAAUGGCUAAGUAAAUUAUUAAGUAAGUGACACUAAAAGCAUAACGGCAAUUGAAACAUAUUCUAAUGUUAGUGCAGGUAAGAAUAAAACCUUGUGCAUCACUUUAGUUUGGCUCUCUUCCCUUCUCAGGUUAAUACUGUCUUAUUGCUAUGGUUUUGAAGCCUAUUGUUACCAAUUAUAGAAUCUUACAGCACAGGAGGCCACUCGGCCCAUCGUGCCUAUGU